AUAGAGAUUCAUCGAGGAACAGUCGACUCCUAUAAAACUGUAAAAGUAGAUUAGUCUGGCGUCACCGAAACCUGUGUAGUCGUGUCGUCAGCGCUCGAGACAUCUCCGACUGUUUCACUUUCAGAGUCGUUUUCCCAUUCUUUGAGAUUCUUAGUGCGCCAAAAUGCCACCAAGAAGCAUACCAGACAGAUGGCUAGAUUACAGUCCCAUGGGAAGACAAAUGGAAGGGACCAGGUUUAUCUCCUUCAAAGUACCUCUCAAAGUGGGCAUCUGUUCAAAUCUGCCAAGUGAAGAUAGCUUCACAGUACCUGACAUGAUACAGGGUAUAUCAGACCAGGGAGGCAGGCUUGGGCUGGUUAUAGACCUCACUUUUACCACCAGAUACUACAAUAAACAGGACAUUAUCAAAGCUGGCAUCAAAUAUGAGAAAAUUUUCACAGCUGGGAAAGAGGUGCCCUCAGAUGAUGUUGUGCAAGAGUUUGCAAGUAUAGUCCACAACUUUGAGACUGAAAAUAAAGAUGACAGCCUAAUAGGUGUCCACUGCACACAUGGAGUGAACAGAACAGGGUACUUGGUGUGCAGGUAUCUGAUAGAUUACAAGCACUUCACUGCAGAAAAAGCAAUAGCAGCUUUUAAUAAAGCCAGAGGACAUGACUUGGAGAGGGAGAACUACUUGGAGCAUCUGCAGCAGAGAAGUGCAUUAGUACAAAGUGGCGAGGUUAAACCUCCCAAGCUACCGUUACCACGUAAACAAGGACCAACAAGGGAAAGGGACCAACCGCCCUCCAGAGAACGACGUUAUGCUCCCUACGACCAACGGAGAAGGGACAGGCAUCGCUCGGGAGGUGCUCACGAUGUUCUUGAGGGUAGAGGACGACAUUAUGAAAGCUACCAUUAUAGACCCUACAGGGACGAUGGUUAUGGCAACUAUGGGAGAACAGAACAUGAUUACAACUACAUGUACUAUGAUUAUCACAGAAACUCUUCAGGGAAUUGGGCAGAGGACAAUUUUCACUAUGAACGUUGGGAUGACCAGUCACAUUCAAACUAUGGUGGUGGUCAGUACAAUGGAGACAUGCAAUGGAGACAUUCAGGUUACAAUCAGCAUAGGAGUAGGGAUAGGAGGUAUCAUCAAAGUUGGGACCAUCAAUGGUGACAGAAGUGCCUUUUCCAAGUUUUCCAAAGCCAAGUCUGAUUUCUUGAUAUUUUGUGCUGUGAAACAAAAUCUUAAGUGGUAUACACUGUACCAUGUCUAUCACUGCAUCUGUCUCGUCAUUAAUGAUAAUUAACAGCCAUCCUACUUCUAACAACCCCCCCCCCCCCCUGCCAUGCCAGAGGCUGUACUGGUUACAGCAAAAGUCAGCUGGGAGAGGGUGAUAUUGGAAUGUACAUUGAUAUCAGGCAAAACAUGCUAGCCUGGUAUCCAUCCAUAUUUAGCUUCCUGGUCCCUAUCAAAGAACCCUUUUUUACUGGUACUGGAAAGGCAGUGGGUACUAGAUAGGGCAACAAGUUCUGGAUAGGGCACUGAUUCAGGAUAGGGCAAUGGGUACUAAAGAAGGGUACCAUGGAUAGGAAAUUAGAUAGAUAUCAGGCUAAAAGCAAACACUUCAUAGAAAAGUUGAGCAAAGGACAGGAAUUUCUGAAUUAUCCUAUUUCCUUUGCAGGGUCUUCCUCUCAGCAGGAACAGCCCAGUGCACCCUGUCUACACUCCAUUAUGGGCUGGACUUUAGGUGUGGUGUUGUUAGGGUACAGUCUGUAUAACCACUGGUACAUGCAAGGGGUAAUGGAGGAGUGGAUUCAGGAACACAUGACACAAAUAUUUUCAUCUAGAUGUUCCAUCACAUAGAUGACUCAACAUAGCAUUCAUUUUAAUUUGGGACUUUUAAACGUGAAUUUUCAACCCAAUGGAUCAGUUGAUUUCUUUCAUUAUCCACUAGAGCAGCUUGUGCCUAUCUAAGUUUGAUAUUGUAGGGAUGUUAGAAUAUUGUCCUUAUUUGGAUGUACUUCCAAGCUUUUUAUCAGUACUGCCAACAAGGAGUUAUUAUCUUAAUCUAUCAAGAUCAUUUGAAGGAAGAUGGCAAUGUUACCGUUGAUUUUAUAAAACAUUUUGACUUUUACCAAAAUUGAAUUGUCUUCCUAUGUAUUCAUUUCUGAAUCAUGAGUGGCAUAAAUUCAAGUGUGAUGGAGGCUGGAUAUGAUCCAGUGGGCAGUACAGAAGAAGUCUAUGCAAUUUGCAAGGAAAAUUUUGUGCAAUUUUUGUGGUAUGGUAUGGAUAAUGUCUGAUCUCCUGGAAGCUCGCGUGUUAUAAAAUGUCUUUACUCAGCUGACAUGUGGCUGUUCAUCAAAUGUGACAUUUGUUUUUCCUGUUUUGUUUUUAUCAAUCUUUCACUUUGUCCUUAUGUUCAUAUACAUUGUUGGUAUGUUUGAGAAUUGAGUAGAAAAACAGGAUUUAAUACAGUUUUAGACUGUAUCUAAUUUUACAAAAUAUGCUUCAUGCUGAAUAUUAUGUUCUUCAUCAAGUUUGCAAGUAUAAUCCUUUGUAAACAUAAUAUGCCUUCAGUUACAUCACAAAUAACUCCAACCUAAUAAGUACUUUUGGAUUACACAUGCAAAACAUAAUCACUAUAUUUACUUUGUACAUUGGACAGCUGUAGGUGACAUUUUGAAAUUAAAUGGAAAUCUUUUAAGCUCAUCAGGAAAAUAUUUCCUUUCUGAGUACCUUUCAAUAUCUCAAGUCAACAUUGCAAACAAAACAGUAUGGCAACAAUGUAGA